AUGGGUGCCCUCAAGUAUGUCGAGGAACUUCAGAAGAAGAAGCAGUCUGAUAUGAUGCGCUUCUUGAUGCGCGUUCGCCUUCGCCAACUGAAGGUGAUCCACCGCGCCAGCCGUCCCUCGCGCCCGGACAAGGCUCGCCGCCUCGGGUACAAGGCCAAGCAGGGCUACGUUAUCUACCGCAUCCGUGUCCGCCGUGGAGGUCGCAAGAGGCCCGCGCCCAAGUACCCCACCAACCAGGGUAUCAACCAGCUCAAGUACCAGCGUUCGCUCAAGGCCACCGCCGAGGAGCGUGUCGGCCGCCGCUGCGCCAACCUGCGCGUUCUCAACUCGUACUGGAUCAACCAGGACUCGACCUACAAGUACUACGAGGUCAUCCUUGUCGACCCCCAGCACAAGGCUAUCCGCCGCGAUCCUCGCAUCAACUGGAUCGUCAAGCCUGUCCACAAGCACCGCGAGAACCGUGGUCUUACCGCCACCGGCAAGAAGAGCCGUGGUCUCGGCCGUGGACACAAGUACAACAACACGACUGCCGGAAGGAGGAAGACGUGGAAGAGGCACAACACCCUCUCUCUCUGGCGCUACCGAUAG